AAGCAGCUUCGUGAACAGGACGUUCCCGCGAGCAGUGAAGACGUACGAACGGAAACCUGUUACAAUCUAUCUGUAAAUCUCUUCAAAAACUUAACAAGAGCGGGGACCAACCUGGUGGGGAAGUUCACGCAGAGCGUGCGGCGCAUCGUGCAGGACGUCAAGGACGAGCCCACGUCCAGCGGCCAGACGAAGGAGGAGGUGAUCGAGACGAACGAGCGCCUGCGCGCCGUGCGCCAGCGCCUCGACGAGUCCUACGACACGGCCAAGAAGGCGCUCGUCAACCUCAUGAGCAAGUACGCCGACAGCAAGAGCACGCGCAACGUCUUCCAGCGCUACAACCUGCUUAAGGCCAUGAUCAAGGAGGUGAUCCGCUUGGAGACGCAAUACUGGACGUUGGUGGACAUCCCGAAGCAGGAGAAGCAAGAGACGGUGCCGGCGUUUGUGCUGCGCGCUUGCUCCAUCAUGGAGAAGUCGCAGAAGUCGGGCGACGGCGUCAAGACGUCGGCCAAGCUGGCGGAGGAGGAGGAGCGCCGGCGGGAGCGCAUCGACCGCCUGGAGAAUAUGACAACAUUGCAAAUUGAGGCUGAGAAUACUCAGAUGACUAAUGAUCUGUAUCGUUUAUUGAAGAAAUACUCAGCCUUAAGGAACCUUAUUAGAGAACUCAAGUCUGAGUACAUGAACUCAAAGAUAUACCCUAUUUUUCCUCGCUACACUAUUCUUAAAGACAUGAUAAAGGAUAUAAUGCAUGACCCUGACUACAUGGAAGUUUGUCAUGAAGUGGAUGUUUAGUGCUGUUGGAAAUGAAGGUAUUCUGUUUUGACAGAAGGUGCUGCACAAAUAUGUGCUGCAUUACUGCAACUACACGCUUAUUAAUUUAUUUAAAUGAUAUAGUACAUAUAUACCUAUUGAUAAAACCAUCCAAAGUGAAAAGAAAUGUCAAUUGCAAUCCUUAGGAUUACUGUUGAUGUUGAUUGGGUUUGUGUAGACCUCAUCAUCCUCUCAUUUAAUAGCUAUCUUCACUGAUCUGUCUCUUUCUAAAAUAGAGUCUGUUAUUACUCUUGUGAGCUUGAGUAGUGUAUUCUAAACUGAUGCAUUUACUGAACAAUAAUAAUGUGAUCAGAAGUAAUGUAAAUGGUUUGAUCAGUCAUGGGCAUGGGACCUGACUAAAAGCAGCUAAUCAGUAAUUAAUUUGUGAAUAAAAUUAAAUGCAUAUCAACAAUUUCACAGUACAUCAUUAAAUAAUAAAAGGGAAGUGUACAAUUUACACUAACAUCAUUAUUUUACUAAUUCAAAUAAUAACAAUAAUCUGAUCAUUAACACCUAAAUGAUUUACAUGGUCUUGUAUAAUGAAUAAUAAUGGCAAAAUUCUGUACAAUAAAUACAGCAUACCUUGUAUUUAUAUUGAAGAGAGAUUAUUUUUCUAACCAAGGUAAUGAAAUAAUUUUUGUAUUAAUAAUUUAAAGCUUGAAUUAUAUUUUUCAUAAGAAAGUUCAACACAGCAUUCAAAAAUUAUAAAAUAUGCUUGUGAUAUAAAAAUUUAUGCUAAAGUGCAUUGUUUGUAUCAAAGAUUUUUAAAGACAUAUCAGCUGUUGUUCCAGUAAUUAACUUAUUUUAAUGUAAUUGUAACUAGUUUUCAAACUAUUCAGUCUCAAAACAUUCUAUUUUCUUCAAUUCCUCUACCUAUCUUUCUGCAUGCAUGUGUAAACAAUGUGAGAGUUAACUAAACCACAACACUGGUGCUGCCACAAGGCAUAAAUUGUGAACCAUAAUAAAAUCAUAGUAUAAAUUCUUAACAAGAUGUUAUUGAAGAUAUGCAAAUAGUGAUUCUACUGUAAAAGUGCUUUAAACGAUACAUUUUAAUGUACAUUUGUUCUUCAAUUUCUUUCUUUGUUGCAAUGCAUUGAAUAAUUUUGAAUUGUCUUUCAGAGAUUGUUAGAAACAAUUUGGUGUAGGCUCUCAUUUUAUUAUUUGCUGUUAUGUUUUGUAAACAUAAAAAUGUUGGGCAGAAACGUUAUGACAGAUAAUAAGAGACUAAAAAUAGGGCAACAAAAUGAUUGAAUUUAAAUUGAAUAAAUAAAGAUCUGUUGUAAAUCAUAUCUGCCACUCAACUCAAAAUCAAAUAGGUAAUAAAAUUGCUUGUUUGGAACAUAUUCCAAAAAGUAAAAUUGAUACUAUUCUUGGAGAAAUAAAUAAAGAAGGUUAUAAUUUACUACUGCAUCUCUGUAUUUAGAAUGCUUUUAUGGCUCUCAUUUCAUGUUUUAAUUCAAACUGCAAACUCUAUCUAGCUAUAAAGUGAAGAAAUGAGCUUUUAUGACUAUUGUUGAAAUAAAAUUGUUACUGUUCUACUAAUAUAUCAACUGAGAAAUAAAACUUUGUUGUGCCUUAAUUUCUUGCAUGACUAACUAAGCAAUUGCACGUUUCAAUAUUAUCAUCCCUAAAUGCACAUGUAAGAUUUUAUUCACUACUCCUUUUCACUUUUUCAAGCAUCCUCUUUUAUUAAAAAAAACAUCAUUAUUUUACCUUUGAGAAUGUUGCUUUGCAUGUUCAAGUAGUCAACAAAAAUUGUGUAGUUUUUUU